UUCGUUGCCUCUGCUGGUAUCCCCAGCAUUGUUUUCUUGCCUGCUGAUAAGAUUUCCAUGGCGCAAUUGGUGCAGCCGAUUGCCAACGGGGCGUUUGUGUUGAGCUUGGAUACCGAUUUUGACGGGUGUAUGCGGUUGGUUAGGAAAGUGACGUCUGAAUUGCCGACUUAUUUGGCGAAUAGUUUGAAUAGUCUGAGGUUAGAAGGGCAGAAAACGGCUGCGAUUGAGAUCUUGCAGCAGUUUGAUUGGGAAGUACCCGAUUGGGUGAUUGUUCCGGGUGGGAAUUUGGGGAACAUAUACGCGUUUUACAAAGGGUUUCACAUGUGCAAAGAGUUGGGAAUAGUUGAUAGGAUUCCGAGACUUGUGUGUGCUCAAGCUGCAAACGCGAACCCGCUUUAUUUACAUUUUCAAUCCGGGUGGGAGGAUUUUAGUCCUGUGAAGGCGAAAACGACUUUUGCAUCCGCUAUCCAGAUUGGUGAUCCGGUUUCUAUAGAUCGGGCUGUGUACGCGCUCAAGAAUUCGAAUGGGAUUGUUGAGGAGGCUACUGAAGAGGAACUGAUGGAUGCGAUGGCGCAAGCGGAUGCAACGGGGAUGUUUAUUUGUCCGCAUACUGGUGUUGCGUUGACGGCUUUGGUUAAGCUUAGGAAUAGUGGUGUGAUAAAGCCUACUGAUAGGGCGGUUGUGGUGAGUACUGCACAUGGGUUGAAGUUUACGCAGUCGAAGAUUGAUUAUCACUCUAAAGCAAUCCCGGAAAUGGCUUGUAAGUUGGCUAAUCCGCCGGUGAAUGUGAAGGCGGAUUUUGGGUCGGUUAUGGAUGUUUUUUUUUGA